GGAGUUGGCCAAGCCUUUAUAGCCAAGUCUUCUCAAGCUGGGUCCAUUCACUUCAAUAUCAGCAGUCAGAGGAUAUCUGCACAGAAGAAUGAGAGGCAUUGUGUUUCUGUGUCUGCUGGGAUGCUCCCUUGCACAAAACGUAUCAUAUUCUUGGAAUGGCCCAGGACCCACCCCCAAGCCUGACCCCAACACUGACAAUGCUUGUUUGACCGACUCAGCGACCUGCGGCUGCUGUCUGAUGCAGAAACAGAUGUGGAAGUUGGAGACGUUUUUCAACAUGAGUCUAAAUGAGCUGCAGAAGGGUCUGGAGAGAGCUCAGGGUGCCCUGAACACCAUUCGCACUAGCCGCAGUGCCUUCUCGGUGGCUCUGACUGACACUCGUCGGUGUGUGGGUCCAAACCGUGAUGACGUGGUGGUGAAAUACCAGAGUGUCUUCAUUAACUUGGGUGAUGGCUACAACGCCGCCACAGGGGUCUUCACUGUCCCUCGCUCCGGGGUCUACGCCCUGGCCCUGACUGUCUACAGCGAUGCAGGGGCCGCCGGGGCCCUCCUGGCUGCCUGCGGUCGCAUACGGAGGAACGGACGUCAGAUUGCGUCACUCAGCGAGAUGAACACGCAGGAUCAGGAGGACAGUGCCACCGUGGUCCUGGCAUUGCAGCUGCAGGCCGGCGACAAGGUGGACGUUAUUCUGCCUGCCCCCUGCUACCUGUGUGAUGACAACAGCCACUACAACACCUUCAGUGGCUUCCUGCUCUACGCUACAGAUUAAAACUUAGCUCUCAUGCAGAUAGAAGGUUGAGGUCUGUUUUGUGAACAUGUGUCUGCUCUUUCCUCCACCACACUGUGUUUAGUUAUUUGUGUGUUGUCAAAUAGGUCCUCGUGACCGUUCAGAAUCAGGGCAACGUAUUUGUGCUCUUCUCCUCCAGUGAUAGCCCCGUGUACAGUAAGACUUGUGUGGAUGUCUAACAGAUUUGUUUGUCAUUAGCUGUCAUGAUUGCCCUUAUAUUAAUGUAUGAUUAUGGACAUGUUAAACACGACAAGAAAACCUAAAUAAACAACAGAACCAUA